GUGUAUGCUACUUGAAGCCGGUUUCCUGGAUCGCGGUUACUCGCUGCGGGAGCCGCUGGCUUGGGCUCGGAGGGCCGGACUGAAGCCCCACCGGGGGCGGCGCGAGCGCCGGAGCGGCGUGGCAGGCGAUCAACAGAUUCUGAAAUCAUUUCAUUAACUGCAAGAGUGAAAGGGAAGCCAUGCAGAAAUCGGAGUACCCUGGAGGUGUGCAGUUGAGAAACAGAGCAACAGGUAAUUAUGAUCAAAGGACAUCCUCAAGUGCACAAGUGAAACACAGGAUGACAGGUCAGCGGAGCAAAUCCUCCUCAUUAACCAGUUCUCCAGAGGCUGCAAGAAGGGUUCAUCCUCGGCCAAGUGAUAAACUCAACCCUAAAACAAUUAACCCUUUCGGUGAACAGUCACGAGCCCCUUCUGCAUUUGCGGCGAUCUACUCUAAAGGAGGCAUUCCUUGCAGAUUGGUACAUGGCUCAGUAAAACACAGAUUACAGUGGGAAUGCCCGCCUGAAAUUCUUCCAUUUGAUCCGCUUCUAAUUACUUUAGCUGAGGGUCUGAGGGAGACAAAGCAUCCUUAUACCUUUGUGUCCAAGGAGGGCUUUAGGGAAUUACUUCUGGUCCAGGGCGCUCCUGAAAAAGCUGUACCUUUGCUACCUAGACUCAUCCCUGUGCUGAAGGCAGCUCUGGUCCAUUCUGAUGAUGAAGUGUUUGAAAGAGGACUGGCUGCACUCGUACAGCUAAGUGUGGUCGUUGGCCCAUCUCUGAAUGGCCAUCUGAAACAUCUGCUUACAAGUCUUUCCAAGAGGCUAAUGGACAAAAAAUUCAAAGAACCCAUCACCAGUGCCUUGCAAAAGCUGGAGCAGCACGGCGGGAGUGGAAGUCUUAUUGUCAUCAAAUCCAAAAUCCCAACCUACUGCUCUAUCUGCUGUUGAAUAAGGGAGCCAGCAAAAGCCAGGCUACUUCCUCAGGCACUGACAGUGGCUGCAGUGGGCCUCUGCUGAGUUGGGGUCACCCUGACUCCCAGCACCGUUCAUUCAUUAACUGGGCUCCCAGGACCGUGUCAUUCUAGAGAGCUCAUUGUGGAAGCCGUUUGUCAACAAAUCGCACGGGUGCUAGUGGAAAGCAAUUAAAGUGCUGGUGAAAAAGGUGAAUUCCGUGAGGGUUUUGCAUCGUGGUCAUCUGUGUGAAUUUACGGAUCAUAUCUAUGUGAUUAUUUUCCAAUAUAUUUUUACUUACAGCCUUUCUAAGAUCACUUUGUAGCUGCGCACUUAUUUUAUAGGUUGGCUUUGGCCAUUUGGUUUUUAUAUUUAUCAAGACUGUAAAAAUUUAAGAUAGCAAGUAUAUAUUUGUGACUUCACUAUUAGCUGGUAUGUGCAAAUAUGUAUUUUAUAAUGUGGAAUGCUUGGGAACAUCUUUUCCCUCCUGAAUAUUCCAGUUUAAAAACCUUGUUCUAAAUGUGAAAAUUCUAUUACAAGUAUAUUGUUUAUUACAACUUGUUAAAACUACCUAAACUUUAUUUAAGUAAAUAUUACUUUUACAUUUUAUAGCCUGAAAAUACUGAUGAUGUACAUAUGCAGAUAUUCAGAAAUUAAAGUCUUUUACAUGUA